AGAAAACAUAACUACAAAACAUAUACGACACACAUAUGUAUGUAUGUAUAUAUGUAAGCCUUUUAUCUUAUUUAAUAUUUUCUUCAGACUCGCUGGAAUUUGAAGCUACAAGGAAAAGUGUCUGAUUUUCAAUGUGUGUCGUGGGUGUUGAGUGAGAGAAUAUUAAGAGCGAAUCUUUUUGGGCUGUGUCUGAAGCCGAAUGCGCGAGAGUGCUGAGAUGACAUCCCAAACUCUCCGGAAAAACUGAAGAGUAAUAGUUGCCGGGUUGCCAGCCUCGUUUUCUCUCUUUCUGCGUCUGCGUCCUGCAGCCAGAAUGGCGACUCUCGUUAAAAAUCGCAAGUCGUCAGACGUAUGCAAGAGCUUAAGAACGCUGUUUGCCAUCACGGUACGUGUUAACAAGACCGGGGUCGACCGACGGCAAAAGCAGUCACAAGAGGGGUACAAAAGAAUACAGUUGGAAGCAUAUGUAAAUCAAGAAAUGCCUCAAUUGGAGCCGCUGAAGUCGAAUUUGAAUUCCAAGUACAAAAAAGUAGAAUGUAAUAGUCACGCAACAAAAUAAACUUUAGACCACGCAAAAAAAUGUUCACACAUUGUUUACGUAAAUGUUGCUCUACUAACGGUUAACCGGAAGCCAUUAUGUGAAAUUAAAUACGGUACAGAAGUCUUUCCUCGCCUUAAUAAAUUCGCCACCAAUAAUUCGAUCAACCGACUAACCAAUCGACCAGCUAUCGGCUACGAAACUUUUAAUUUAAUAGAAAGAAUAAAUAAUAAGAUUAAUAAUUAAUCAAAUAAAAUAAAGAGCGAAAAAUAUCAUAUUUUUGAGAAUUUUUUGAAUAUUUUUUUACUGUUUGCCCAACUAAGAAACAGAGUGUGUUCAUGAAGCAGUUCAGCAAAAUUUUACCAAUAGUAAAUUAGAAUAAUUCAUUAUCAAUUGAAAAUCUAAUUCGGAAUAUUGAGAGAAUUGAGGAACCUAAGCUGCCUAUGUAAAUCUCGUUUUUAGGAAAUUGAAAACACCAAAUCCAAAUACAGAUUUCGAUGCAACUUGACUCAAACACUUAAGUCGGGUAAACGUUCCAAUUUGAGCGUUUUCAAAUUAUAUAAGUAAAAGUGAUAAUACUAUCACUGUGAUUUACCGGAUUGGAUAUUAUUUUGGUUUGCGAUUCUGUGUGUUUUUUUACUGUACAGAUAACAAAGCUGAAAAGAGAUCCAAAAGCUUGAUUGAAUGAGUGAAUCGUGAGUGAGUCAAUGAAAUAGCUGAGGUGAGGAAAACAUAGAGUGCCUUGCUUAGCACAAUGAAGCUACAAUUUCAGCUCUACCCUGAUGCAUAUAAAAGCCUAGACGCAGUCUUUGUUGCAAACGCAGAUAAACUCAUCAUCACAGCCAUCCACUGCCACACAACCUGACCUACGAAAAAAAUAGAAUUGAGUGUUACCAAUGUGCCAAUAGCUGCAGUAGAUUGAUAUCUAAAAUAUAGUGCAGCUUCAGCAUCACAAGAAUACUUAAGCUACGACUAUUACGACGCAUAAUUACUUUUUGAUUGUCUCAAAUGUGCCAAUUAAAGUUUGGAUGCAUGAGAGUACCUUUUGGUAAAUAUCCUCGGGAACGAGAAUAAAAAGGGGAAAUAACCUUUAAAAAACGAGGAGAGGACAACCAAGACUUAGCAUUGACGCUAACACAGACGUUGACGUCGACGCCUACUAAUUAAAACACAUCAUUGAAGCUGCAUAAUGUGGAUUACCAUCACCUAUUUGAUCCUCAUCAUUGCCCAGCUGAGCACCUUGGCCACAUCCGCAGGCGAGGCAGAUUAUACUCUAGACGAUUCUUUUUGGAAUGAAGAAAGUCCCGUUGGUGAAGUGGAACGGUUACUUAAGGAAUACAGACAAAAUCAAGAGUUGGUUCGUCGCAUCGGCGGACAUUAUUACCAAAUAAUAUAUCCUGUUCAGUUGCGCCAUCAUGAGAAGAUGGGAAUAUCAACGCGUGAAGUCAGUCCCUCAAAGCCGGGACAACGUCCUCGCCCGCAUGAAGAUACUGGAUUCAACAGAGGCAGGACAAAGAAACAUUUUCAUCGCACGUCGCUGCUAAUCAAGGCUUUUAAUCAUAAAUUUCGCCUGGACUUGGAGCUUAACUCGCAACUUCUUUCACCCAAUAUUCAGCAAAAGCACUACCAUGUUGGAGGAUAUCUUGUGGACGGAAACCGGCAUGAUAUCGAACACUGUUAUUACCAUGGGACCGUGAAGGACUAUCCAGGUGCUAGCGCUGCCUUCCAUACUUGCAACGGAGUGAGUGGCGUCAUACACAUUGGAAACGAGACAUUCGUCAUUCAUCCGUUUUAUGGUGGCGAUCUAUCUAAACAUCCACAUGUAAUUUUUGAAGCGCGUACGAAAGCAAACAAGGGAUGCGCAAAUUCAGGUAAUUUAGACUCAUGGCGAUUGUCUCGUCGCACCAAGCACGUGUCAGUAGGAGUUGCGGAUGUGGUGGACGAUAUACGUCAGAACCACGCAAUUCGCAGCAAGCGGGAUGUGCGAGAGGCCACCAAAUACAUUGAAACCGCAAUUAUCGUGGACAAGGCUAUGUUUGAUAAACGGAACGGGAGCACGCGCGCCGAGGUGAUUCACGACGCAAUACAGGUUGCCAAUAUAGCUGAUCUGUACUUCCGUACCCUGAAUACUCGUGUGUCGGUGGUUUAUAUUGAAACAUGGGGAAAAAACCAAGCCAUCAUCGAUGGAAGUAAGGACAUUGGCAAGGCAAUAUCUAACUUUAACGAUUACACGUCAAGAAAUCUGUUUCAAAUUGAGCGAGACACUACUCAGUUGCUUACUGGUGAAACAUUUUCCGGCGGAGAGGCUGGGAUGGCCGUUCCUGAAACUGUCUGUACACCUCGGGCUGUAGGCAUCAGCGUCGAUGUUAACGUCUAUGAGCCACACCUCCUCGCAGGUACCAUGGCUCACAUGAUUGGCCAUAACAUCGGAAUGGGGCACGACGAUGGACGUGAGGAAUGUUUUUGUCGCGACUGGCAUGGUUGCAUAAUGGCACAGUCGAUCGUCGGGCAGGAGAAUGUCCAACCGUAUAAAUUUUCUGAAUGCAGUAAGAAAGACUACAUUGACGCAUUGCGUACGGGACACGGACUGUGUUUGCUCAACAAGCCUAAUGAGAUCGAAUUGCGUCGAAACUGCGGUAAUAAAGUAGUCGAGGAAGAUGAGGAGUGUGAUUGUGGUACCUUUGAAGAAUGUGCCCUGGAUCCCUGCUGCGACGGAAUAACAUGCAAGCUAAAAUCUGAGGCGCAAUGCGCUAGCGGCGCAUGCUGUGACCAAUGCCGCUUACGUCCUAAGGAUUACAUUUGCCGGGACUCAAACAAUGAGUGUGAUCUUCCAGAAUACUGUGAUGGCGAAGUCGGUCAAUGUCCUUCUGACGUCUAUAAGAAAAAUGGGUCUCCAUGUGGCGUCAGCAAGUCAGGCGUUUCUGGCUACUGUUUCCAGGGCUACUGUCCUACACUAAGCCUGCAAUGUGAAGCAAUUUGGGGAUAUGGGGGAUCCGCAGCAGAUCGGCAAUGCUAUGAACAAUUUAAUUCUAAGGGCUCAAUUAAUGGCCAUUGUGGGCGUGAUGUGAAUGAGCAUUAUAUUAAGUGCGAUCCAGAGAAUGUUCAAUGCGGCACUUUACAAUGUAAGGAUGGUGAAAGACAACCUGUUAACGAUGGUAUCGACCAACUCUACUCACGGACCAUUAUAUCUAUCAAGGGACAGGAGUACGAGUGCAAGGCAACCAGCGGACAAGUAGGCUCCAACAACUACCCUGAACAUGGUCUAGUCAAAGAUGGAACACCGUGCGGUGAUAAUUUAAUCUGCCUGAACCAAACUUGUGUCAGUCUCUUUCCUCAUGUGGAUCAAACUAAGUGCCCAACAAAUAAACAGGGUCAAGAGUGCUCAGAACACGGCGUCUGUACUAACACAAAUCGCUGCUUUUGCGACAUGGGUUGGGGUGGCACAGACUGUAGUUCUGUCGUUCUCCUUACCACAGCACUGCCAACUGAAGCAUUGCCAACACCGGAGAAUACAAUAAAAAUGGAAAAGAAAGAAACCCCAUAUGAGAACUACCACGGCUCAAAUACAGUGUUCCUAGUCGGUGUUCUAAUGUCAGUUGUAGGGUUCGUUUUUAUAACAUUCACCUUAAUGGCAUUGUGCUACAGGUCAGUUGUAGUACAUAGAAACUUCUCCCUGUGUCUGAGACGCAAGACUACUACAAUGAAGUACGAUCCGCCCUACUCGAAGAAACCGAUUACAAAGAGCUAUGGCGGUGCGACGACGGCACCAAACCAUCAUUCCGUUGAGGAGGUUUCCUUGGAUGGCUCCAGCAAGUUAGUCUAUGCCAAUCAGACGGGUUUCAGGGACAAAGUCGUUCAUGGACGUCGCUACACAACUGGUGGCGAGGACGAUCAGUCACAUGCAGAGAAGGGUAUUUUAAAGAAACACGGCUAUGGGCUGGUACACGGCGAGCAACUUAAAGACAAAUGGGGAGACGAUAACCAAUCGGACAACCUUGAGCUGAUUACCCAGGACGGGACACUGGCCUCAACGAGCGGGGGCGUGGCUGCCUCCGAAGUCGAACGUACGCUUAAGUCCCUCAACGGAUACCAUGAGGACAUUUUGGAGGCUCUGCGCAAUGCGGCCACACACCGAGGUACAGGAACCGGUAACACACCCGUUGGCAGUGGGAGUCUCAGCGAGGAAAUGUUACGUAAAACGCUACAAGAAUGUAGCAGCUCACAGUUAGGAUACUCUGCUGAACCAUACAAGCGCACUAGUGGAUCUAAGUCCAGUUCCAGGGAAAAUGUUUGUGAAAAUACCGCUGUACACGCUAUAUUGCUUGACGGAAGCGGAUCUGGCCUUGGUGGCCUAGGUCUGGGAUCAAGCUUAGGUGCUGGGGGUGGAUCAACUGUUAUUGCUGGGGGUAUGGGGCAUGGCAGUUCGCUGCUGCAUCACCAUCGCUCGCAGCACCAAUUGCAUCAACCGCCCCCUUUAGCAUUACAACAACAGCAACCGGACGAGGACGACGCUCCCUCAACAGGACCCUUGCGUAUACGUAACUUGGAGGAUCUUAUACGGCAGCUCGAGCACCACUCGUCACGACACAUGAGUCCCAGCGGCUCCGAGGAUAUACGCAUGUCGGAAACAGACGCUGAUCGCCACUAUAGAUUAGAUAGUUCCGCCGCUUGUAGUGAGUCCUCACAAGGCUCCAAUCAGCAACUAGCACAAACUCAGAAAACCGCUACAAUUCAUUCGUCGUACAGCAGUCGCUGUCGUCCCCGUUCCGAUGAGGAGUCGCGAUUUGCUUACGGCAGUCGCUACCGACAGCCGACGCCAGCAGGCCGACAUGCAACGCAUCAGUCACACUCGCCGCAUACAUUCGGACACCACACGCAUCAUUCUCACGCUCAUGGACAUGCCAACCAUGGUCCCCAUUCCUCCCAUCAUUCAUCGCAUACUCAUUUACACCAGGAAGAUGAUGGUAUAUAUGAGACCGCCGACCAACGCAACGUUUCUGACGCUCGUCUUGAUUCUCAUGAGACACCAGACAGCGAAAGUGAUGACUUUAUUCAAGCUCAACAACAGUUAGCCCGGUGGGCGAGUGAAGAUGUGGUAUCCGUCGUGGUAUUGGACCAGCCGCAGUCCGCAAAAAUUUCGGAUUCCCUACCAUACAACGGCGUAGGACCAAUGUCAGGGGCUACAACGAGCAACGCUAUCCACCAUCAGCUUCCGCAUCAUCACCACGGCGAUCCUCAAUCCUCCUCAGCGGCAACGGCGGUGGCAGCCAGCAACAACUGUAUACUGGGUUUGCCAGUUGUCCCAAAUGGUACAAGUGUAAGUCAGAGGGACUUCUAUCCCUCACCACCUUCAACGGAGACGGAAAGCAGUGGAAGUGCUAUCCAGCUUCGUACUCGACGCGUAUUACAGUCGGCCGAUACGGUAGCAACAAGUCAACAACAGCUUCAGCUUCACCAACUACCGUUGUAUCAGCAGCACCAUCAUCAGCAACAGCUUCAACAUCAAUCAGGCGAUACCAGCAGCAGCAACAACAGUCAAUCCGGACAAGUCAUCGAGAAUGGUUGCUACCCGGAAUAUAAGCAUUGAUAGGUCAAAUCUUUUUUUAUAUCUUAAUCGACAUACAUUGACAUAAUCAUUCGUACAGGUAUCCAUGGGGGGUAUUAUAUGGGAUAAGAAGAUCUUGACCGGCAUUUUUAAUCGCAUAUAAAUAUGCUUGACUUGAAAUACACAACUACACAAGCGUAUUCGUAUGUGAAUUAAUAUAUGUAAACAUAAACAUAACUGCAAUGCUAAUACACAAGUUAACCUAAUGAAAGAAAAACAAACAAGCAUAAAAAUAAAAAACAAAUUAAUAAAGAAUAUUACUAUUUAUGAGCGAAAACUUACUUCACAAAGGAUUACACGCAAACAUGCAUGCAUACAUACCAUUGCAUACUUACAUAACCAUACGUUCAUUUGAACGCCUAGAAUAAUCUUAUUCACCUUCACAAAAAAAA